AUGACUGUUGAGAUGGGUCUUAAUCAGUCUUGAUUUGACAUGGGAGGGGGCAAUGGACUUCUAUGUUUAUAUGUCUUGCCAACACCCACUUCGCGUCAUCAAACAUAAAAGCUGCGAUUGGCUGUUUGCAUGUAGCCUACGAGAGUCGAGACAUUGUUGCAAAAUAAACCUGAGACGUGUCGAGCUGCCUGUGAUGAUUAUCUGAAUUCGAUCGGAAACGGUGGCAGAACUAUUCUUCAGUCUGAGGAUAAGCUACAGUUCAACAACUAUUGGAUAUGGUUUGUCGUUAUCUACUCGACCGCAUGGCAUAAAUGAUUCAUCCAACUAGUGGUGGGCAUUACAUUUUACAGUGUACCGUAUUGUAGCCUAUACAGUAGUCUUUGUUUUGCAUUAGAGGCAAGAUCAGAAAAUUGUCACUCUUUCCCAGAAUAUUUCUUACACAUUAGUAACAUUAUCAUUACUUACACAUUAGUAACACUAUCAUUGCAAAAUAAGAAAUGGAUGAAUCAAAUGGUUCUUCAAAAAGGACUAUUCUGUGUUUAUUUGACGUGGACGGCACUCUUACCCCACCGAGAGAGAAAAUUGACCCUAAGCUGGAUGAGUUUUUCCAGUCUCUGCGCAGGAAAGUGAAGAUCGGCAUAGUGGGUGGAUCAGACUACUCAAAGAUCGCAGAACAGCUGGGGGAGGGAGAUGAAGUGAUACAGAAGUUUGACUAUGUGUUUGCUGAGAAUGGCACGGUGCAGUACAAAGAUGGGAAGCUCCUUUCCAAACAGGCCAUCCAGAACCAGAUAGGAGAGGAACUACUGCAGGACCUCAUUAACUUCUGUCUCAGCUACAUGGGGCUGAUCAAGCUGCCCAAGAAAAGGGGCACCUUUAUCGAAUUCCGCAGCGGAAUGCUGAACAUCUCCCCCAUUGGCCGGAGCUGCACACUUGAGGAGCGAAUCGAAUUCUCUGAAAUUGACAAGGUGGUCUCAUCAGUUUUGACGUGUUCCCUGAAGGCUGGGACAAGAGGCUCUGUCUGGACGUGCUGGAGGGGGAGGGCCUGGACGCUAUCUACUUCUUUGGCAACGAGACAUCGUCUGGGGGAAACGACUAUGAGAUCUUCAAUGACCCGCGCACCAUUGGUUUCACAGUAUAUUCACCAGAGGACACAGCCAGGCACUGUCGAGAGAUUUUCUUCAAAGCUCCCGCCAAUGAGUCGUGAUAAAUCGUGCAGCAGGCACUCUCACAGUCAGCUUCCCCUGGGCUCCCCCUGUUGUUGUGGGCAGUUACUAAGAGCACCUGAAGGAGAAGAGGUGGAAAUGGGAGGUAAACCACUACAGAUUUGUAAUCAAUGCAUUGUUGUUGUAAAAUAUUAUUCUAACUAGCACUGGACACAUAAAGGGAUCAUCAGUAAUUCACAUUGGCUGGACUCCCAUUGAAAUUAUUAUGAGAUGUGGACAGAUCUGCUUUUUUAAAGGGAUGGUAGCUCAAACAAUGUGAGGAAGUGUACUAAUGUUUUCAGUUUUUUAUCAUGACUAAGUGUUUCUCUAAGGUUUUAAUGUAAUAUCUGACUGUUUAACAUCUAUCAACCCAAUGUUUUUUGUAGCGUGUCCCUGUAUUUGUAUGUAACAUCAAAUUAACCAAAUGUCUUAUAGGCCCUCCUGUAAGACAAUCCUCUAUUGUGAAUAUCAUGUGAAGAUUUACAUACAUUUUGAGUAUAUAAUGUAAAUACUCACUUAUCUUUUGCACUAAUAUUGAUACAGUUAUCUGACAAACUGGGUUUUGGAUCAUUUGUUUUCUUUGUGAAUGUAGGAAGUGACUAGUGUUGUCUUUGAACAAAAUGGAGCGAGACAGAAGAGAGAAAAUUUGUUUUUUUGCUCUGUGCCAGUCCACUUUCAGAUUAAGUGCCUAUAGAAAGUCUGCACCCCCCCUUGAAUUUGUUUCACAUUUUGUUGCGUUACAAAGUGGGAUUGAAAUAGAUUAAUUGUAAUUGUUUGUCAAGUUUUUUACAAAUGUUUAAAAAAAGUUAUAACUAAAAUAUAAUAAUUCCUUUAAGUAUUCACCCCCUUUGUUUAGGCAAGCCUGAAUUAGUUCAGAAGUCAAAUGUGGCUUAACAAAUCACAUAAUAAUUUAUAUGGACUCACUCUGUACUCUGUGUGAAAUAAUAGGGGUUGACAUUAUAUUUUUUUAUGACCACUUCUUCCUCUGUCCUCCCAGGGCUUUUUCGAAAGCUUCAAAAAUAAAGGGCAGUGAUUGGUAGAUGGGUAACAAUAACAUAUCAGACAUUGAAUAUAUCUUUAAGCAUGGUCAAGUUAAUAAUUAAGUUGUGGAUGAAGCAUUAAACCACCCAGACACAUAAAAAAUACAGUCAUUCUUCUGAACUGAGCUGCAGGAAAGGAAGGAAACUGCUUAGGGAUGUCACCAUGAGGCCACUGGGGAUUUUAAAACAGCUACAGGGUUCAAUGGUUGUGGUGGGAGAACUGAGGAUGGAUCAACAACAUUGUAGUGACUCCACAAUAAUGACCUAAAUGACAGUGAUAAAAAUAAUACAAAUACACAGAAUAAAAAUAUUCCAAAACAUGAAACAAGGCACUAAAGUAAUACUGCAAAAAAACACGGCAAAGGAAUAUACUUUUUGGCCUAAAUGCAAAGCCUUAUGUUUGGGGCAAAUCCAACACAACACAUCACUGAGUAAUUGCCUUCAUGGUAUGAGUAUGCUUGACAUCGGCAAAGACUGGGGAGUUUUUCAGGAUGAAAACCAACGGGAUGGAGCUAAGCACAGGCAAAAUCCUAUAGGAAAACCUGCUUCAGUCUGCUUUACACCAGACUCUGGGAGAGGAAUUCAUCUUUCAGGAGGACAAUAACCUACAACACAAAGCUGAAUAUACACUGGAGUAGCUUACCAAGGAGACAGUGAAUGUUCCUGAGUGGGCAAGUUACAGUUUUGACUUAAAUCUGCUUGAAAAUCUAUGGCAAGACUUGAAAAUUGCUAUGUAGCCAUGAUCUCCAACACCUUGUCAGACCUUGAAUAAUGGGAAAAUAUUGCAUAAUCCAGGUGUGCAAAGCUCUUAUGAGACUUACCCAAGAUGACUCAAAGCUGUAAUCGCUGUCAAAAUGUGUUUCUAACAUGUAUUGACUCAGGGGGGUGAAUACUUAUCUAAUCAAGGUAUAUAAAAACAAAUGUUAGAAUUUUUUCUUCCACUUUGACAGUAUUUUGUGUAGAUUGUUGACAAAAAAUUGACAAAUCAAUUUUAAUUCCACUUUGUAACACAAUAAAAUGUGAAGAAAUCCAAGGAGGGUGUAGACUUUCUACACAAAAGGGUUCUUCGGCUGUCCCCAUAGGAGAACCCGUUUCGGUUCCAGGUAGAACCCUUUUUUUAUUCCAGGUAGAACUCUUUUGGGUUCCAUGUAGAACCCUUUGUAGAAAGGGUUCAAUCUGGAACCAAAAAGGUUUCUUCAAAGGGUUCUCCUAGGGGGACAGCCGAAAAACCCUAAUUAGAAUCUAGAUAGCACCUUUUUUUCUAAGAGUGUUUAGGCACUGUAGAAAGAAGUCUUACCUCAUCUAUGCAAUUACAUAUAAAUUAUUCCUGCUACUUCAGUCUGCACCGCUAUAAGAAAUGGAUCUCACAGAUGGCUUAUACACCCUUUACAUUACCUACCCAGUAUAUUCAUAGGUACACGUCCUUUAGUUGUAUCUUAUCAAAUCAAAUUUGAUUAAAAGGUUAAUGACAUCUGCGACAAAUACAAUAAUCUGGAUGUCUUGACCCUUCUGCCAAAGGCCAUUAGACCUUCCUGAAUGACAAAGGUCCAGUGGACUCACUUGUACAGUUUGAUCGACAUACACUAAUUGUGAAAUCAUCAUGUGAUUGUUGAGUACUGUAUUCAUUUGAACUAUGUUCAUUGUAAUAAAUUAUUUUAUAUCAUCGUG